CUUUUAUUAUUUGGGUCAGCUAUUUUCUCUGCCAUUUAAAUAUUUACUAAUUAGUUGAAUCAGGUAUAGACAUGUCCUAAUUACUUCCUGGUUUGUUGACAUUGAAGAAACCGUGAAAGAGAACUAAACUUUUGUCAUCCCAACAUCAAGAGGUCAUGGCAUCCAGUAAACCUAUUCCAUGUGGACCUUGUCAUGAAGGAAAAGUAAACACUAAAGCUGACAUCUGGUGUUACAACUGUGAUGAAGGAUUGUGUUUAACAUGUUCUGGACAUCACAAAAGAUCAAGAUUGUCACGUGACCAUAAAACCAUUGAUAUUAAAAGCUAUAACCCAUCUGUCCGAGCUAUUAAAACAGAAUGUGACAAACAUGGUCAACAACUCAAUUUGUACUGCCCCAGUCAUUUAAUGCCUUGCUGUGAUGAAUGUAUUUCAAAUAGUCAUUCAAAGUGUAUGGGAAUAAAAAGUUUAGCUAGCGUUGUGGUGAAAACCAAGAUUGAAAAACAGAAAGAAUCCGUAGAGAAAGAUAUCAACACCAUCUUACAUCUCUUAGGUAACAUUGUAUAUAACAAAUCACAAAACAUUAAAAGAGAAGAAGAAUAUGUAAGCAUAAAAGAAUUCAUUGUGAAAAUACGCAAUGAAAUAGAUAAACAUUUAACCCACCUAGAGAAGAAGAUAUAUCAAGAAGCAGAUACCAUCUUGAAUCAGGAAAAAUCAAAAACCACAGAUUUAAUCACUGAAAUUGAAGGAAAACAGAAAAACUUAAAGAAAAUGCAAGACCAAUUUCAUACAGUCAUACCAUAUGCCUCAAAACUUCAAUCAUUUCUAGGUGUUCAUCAAAUUGAACAAAAAGUACAUCAAUGUCAACGAUACAUAGAUGAUCUGGAUAAAGACGACAGGGCAAAAGAAUUUAACAUCAAAAUGGAGCAAAACAAUGAAGUAGAAAAAAUAAUAAAAAAGUUAGGAUCCUUAGGAGAAUUAAUCGUUGUAAAAACAGAUAUGGAUUUGAACAAAGAGACAGGUGUGAGUAGGAAAGCACAAGUAGAAUCACAAGAACAAUCAAACAUAAACAACAUGACCAUGAACAUUGAGAAAAAGAUAAAGAUUAACAUGAGGUCGAUGAGUGACAUGAUUUGUCUGAUGGAUGGGAGACUGAUAAUACUAGAAUUGUAUGAAGGAGUUAACCUACUUACUCCUGAUGGCAAGCUUCAGAAAAAGUUACCUAUAUCUGGUAUAUUCUUUAGUGUUGCACAGAUCAAUCAGACCACUACUAUUGCCAUAAUUAAUCCCUGGGAGAGAGUGAUACUGAUCUUCAAUAUGGAGAAUGAAACAGCAACCAAAGUUAUCACAUUAGACAAAGUAUGCUAUGGAUUAUCAUCAUCAGAUGAUUCUCUUGUUGUAGGUUUGGAUGCUGACGAAAUCCGUAUUAUAGACUUGGAAGGAAAUACACUGAAGUCAAUACAAGUUGAGAGCCAAACAGACCUGUUGAACCUUGUUUACUGUAAUGACAGAAUAAUCUAUAGUGACUGUAAUGGUAAAGCUGUAUACUGUGUGGAUGGAUCAGGUAAACAGAUCUGGAAAUAUACACAGGAUUUAUCAGAACCAAUGGGACUUUGUACAGAUACUUAUGGUAACAUUAUAGUAGUAGAUGUCGGUUCUCAUAGAAUAAUAGUUAUAUCAAAAGAUGGAAAGGAUAGUAAAGUACUAAUAAGCGAUGGACUGGAGAAUUCUAGAUAUAUAUGUUUCAAACAAAGUGAGUCUUCAUGUUUUAUAAGUGAUGGCUGUGGCACAUACUUGAAAAAAUUCAAUUUAUCUACUUUAUAAAAUGUACACUUAAAAAGUCAAAUGAUGUAACCUUACUUUGAUACAUGUACA